AUGCCCCCCUUCCCCCCACCCCCGACCCCCUCCAUCGACUGGACCAACAUCGGCUUCAAAGUGCGCGACGUAAACUACCAUAUCGAAUCAACCUACGACUCCCAAACCCAAACCUGGUCACCCCCCCAACUAAUCAAAUCCCCCUACCUCUCGAUCCACGGACUCUCCCCAGCCCUAAACUACGGCCAACAAGCCUACGAAGGCCUAAAAGCCUUUCGCCAUGCCAGCACCAACAACAAAAUAACCAUCUUCCGCCCAACCCUCAACGCCUCCCGCCUCUCCCACUCCUCCACCCUCCUCUCGAUCCCCCCAAUCCCCACCCCCAUCUUCCUCUCCGCCGUGAACCUCGCAGUAGCCACCAACGCCGAAUACGUCCCCCCCUACACCAACCCGUCCCUCACAGGAGGUGGCCUCUCAGCACUCUACAUCCGACCAUUGGUAUUCGGCUCAUCACCCCAAAUCUCCCUCACCCCACCAGAAACAUUCACCUUCGCGGUGUACGUCACACCGACAGGCCUAUACCACGGGAUCUCCGCCGUGGACGCGCUCAUCCUGGAGGACUACGAUCGCACAGCGCCAAAGGGCACAGGGAGUGCUAAAGCGGGGGGCAACUAUGCGCCCGUCCAGAGACAUAGUAUGGCGGCGUAUAAGGAGGGGUAUGGGAUUACGUUGCAUUUGGAUAGUAAGACGCGGAGCGAGGUGGAUGAGUUUUCGACGAGUGCGUUUAUCGGGGUUAAAUAUGGCAAUGGGGGGGAGGAUGUGACGCUGGUCCAGCCGGAUAGUGAUAACGUGAUUGAUUCUGUGACUGCGGCGUCGGUGUUGGAGAUCGGGGAGAAGAUGCUUGGGUAUCAAGUGGAGAAGAGGAUUGUGAAGUAUGAGGAGAUACGGGAGUUUGAUGAGGUGAUUGCGGCGGGGACGGCGGCGGGGUUGGUUCCUGUUAGGAGUGUUACGAUGAAGAGUCGCGGGGAGAAGUGGGGGUUUGAGUGUGGGGAUGGUGGUGGUGGGAAGGGGGAGGGAGGGCCGGUGUGUAGGAGGUUGAUGGGUUUGUUGCAGGGGAUUCAGACGGGGGAGGUGGAGGAUGUGUUUGGGUGGAAUUGGGAGGUUAGGGAGGUGGAGGGGAUGAUGGGGAGGGAGGAUGAGGGUGUGGGUGAGGGGGAGGAGAAUGGGGUGAAUGUGCCUUAG